AGAUUUUUUUUGGGAUUAGUUUACCCUUUACUCAAAGAAUACUUUUAAUAAUUUACUUUACUGUGUGUAAUAAUUCAAUUCAAAUGGAGGUGGAAAAUAAUGCAGAGCAUGAUGCGCUCGCCACCAUUCAUGGACACCGGGUGUGCCAAACGCGCGAUGCCAAAUGGUUGUGCCUGGACAACAUCUACCAGAAGUUCCACCGGCCCAACUUCUACGACAUCGGCGGCACCUACAUCCAGGACGUGGCCGACUACUGGUUCAUGUACAAGACCGAGCAGAUGAGCAACAUCUUCCUUCUCCACCUCUUCGUGUGCAACCGCCAGGAGUGCAUGUUCAGCGUUGCCAUCAGCCGCAACACUGACAUGACUAUAGACAAGAAAAGUUCAUCAGUCUACCUCACACAAUCCCUAAAAGAAUACAAAUUCGAGAAAACUAAAGAGAUGACCCAGAAUUAUCUAACGACAUACAGUUUUACAAACUUUGAUAUUGAUCAAUUGAAAAACAGAUCUCUUUACAUUGGAGUCUCUUUUAACUGCACAGAUAUUAAAGGACUCGAUCAGAACUUGAUAGACCAAGUUAAGUUAAACCAUGAUUUUGGUGCUCUGAUGAGUGACCCCAUAGGGGCCGACUUUGUCAUAGAAUCAGCAGACGGAGCCAAGUUCAAAGUCCACAAAGUGCUACUGGGAGCCCACAGUGAAGUUUUCAAGGCUAUGCUGAAGGAAGAGACUGCUGAAAGCCAGAAUGGUUUUGUGAAGCUGGUUGAUGUGGAUAAAGGAGACCUUCAGUGUAUCUUAGAAUGCAUCUAUACAGGAACUAUUAGAGACUUGGAGAAUUGCAAUUGUUUCAACAUGCUGAUGCUUGCAGACAGGUACAACAUACAAGGCUUGAGAGAGAUCUCUCAAUAUGCCCUUUCUCAGCAGCUGUCUGUGGACAAUGCAUUGGACACACUGAUGGUUGCAGAUAUGUAUAAUUCAGAGAUUCUAAAACUUGCUGCACUCAGAUUCAUAAAGAAGAAUUCAUCAGUAAUACACUCCAGCACUUUCAAGGAAAUCAAAAACACUGACCUGAUGCGCCAACUGUGUGAAUAUCUCAUCCCCACAUAAAUAUUUUCAACCUUUUUGUAAUUUUCUAUUGCUGUGAUUUAAAUGUAAUCAUGCCAACAAACAAUGUGAUGUUGGCUAAAUAAAAUAAUUAAUGUAUAAGUAAAAUGUAAUUUAAGAAAGUUUUAUACUCUACAUGUAAUUUAGGCAAAAAAUCAAAUGAAAAGCAUAUUACAGAAAACGUAAAAAUAAACUUUAUUGAAUUUGAAACAUAA